CAGUGUGCCUUAUUUCCUCAGACGCCGCUUAGCUGGGAAGCGCGCUGAUGGAAGUGUCGUGGAAGUCGAAGUGGGAUUCAGUUUGAAAUAAACAAGUGAAAAUGCAUCGGAAGCAGUGUUUUAUUUAUUAAAGGCAGUUGGACGCGGUUGCAACAUUGUAACGUUCCGAUUAUGACUGUCAAGUUACUGCAGCAACAAACUCAAUCUGGGCUAACGGUCAUUCCUGUAUGAUUUAACGGCUGUAUAUGUGACAAUAUUGCGUUACAUUGACUUUGGAGGUUGUAUAGUCUAAAAAUGUCAACGUUCACUAUGUUAUGUAAACAAUACGAAAUGGCAAAAGUUAAACUUGAAUUGUAGCAUAUUUGCUAACGUGUUAGGAUGGGUUGGCAUGGUGUCAACUAAUCGAUUUAAAUACAUAACUUGAGCCGUGGGUGGUUAGUCAUUUCUUAUUUGUAUUAUUAAUCAAUUAAGUAUUUGUUGUUGAUAACAAACGUUUAAAAUAUGUUUCGUAGCUACCUGGCCAAAAUGGAGAUUAGUGAGGAAAUGCGCGCGUUAGCACGUUAUACUUUAUUCAAGACACGUGUUAAGAUGCAACGUCUUUUUUUAUUUUUAUUAUUAGAGAGAAAUGUGAUGGUUGCUGAAUAAUAAAGCAGUAUGCUCUGAGCAAAUCAAUAGUACAGGCUGCAAGGUUCUGCACAAUAUAAUAAUCUGGCAAAUGCAGUGCUAAUCUAUUCAAUAUGAUGGGUUCAGUCUUUAAAAUCAGUUAUUUAUUACACACCUAAUCUUGAUACUACGAUUUGGCAUAAAUGUAUAUAAACAAUAUUACAUCACAUUAAUAAAGGAAAAUAAUUUAAACUGCCAUGAGAUGGUCAUAUAUGAGUACAGAAGCACAAAAACACGAUCAUAAUCAAAAACUUUAUAUAAUACAUGUAAUAUUUUUUCCAAUUUGUAUUCGCAAUGCAUAAAUUGAAUAUUGAAUAAAUAAGUACUUUUAUAAAACCCAUACAAAGGCAGUUCAUACAUGUCUAAUGCAAAGAAGAGCACUAUCAGAAUGUUUAAAAAUGAUUUGAAUGUGGAUUAGUUACUUUAAAAAUAAUUUUUUAUUUUUAUUUUUUUACAACAGGGGAACCUCAAAACUAAUGACAGUGUAUCGUCAAAGGUUUGAUUGUGUCAGAGUUUUAACACAAAAAUUUAAUCAUUGUUAAUUAGUUUAUACAGGUAGAUAAUGCUGUUAGCCCAGGUGAAUCGAGAGACACAGGGCAUGGAGUUCCAAAGUGUUGAUGGGGACCCACAGCAGGUCACCCUAUGCCUGACCGAGGCAGUAACAGUUGCAGAUAGUGACAACAUAGAGGGAAUGGACACUGUGAGUUUGCAGGCGGUGACUCUGGCGGAUGGCUCCACUGCAUACAUCCAGCAUAGCCCUAAAGAAAACAAAAUAAUGGAAGGACAGGUGAUCCAGUUGGAGGAUGGAUCUGCUGCGUAUGUCCAGCACCUACCAAUGUCGAAAGCAGGUGGAGAAGGAUUGAGACUAGAGGAUGGCCAGGCUGUGCAACUGGAAGAUGGAACAACUGCUUACAUUCAUGCACCUAAAGAAACGUAUGAUCAGGGUGGUUUACAGGCUGUUCAUCUGGAGGAUGGCACCACUGCAUAUAUCCAACAUAUGCCCCAGUCCAACACCAUCUUGGCCAUCCAGGCAGAUGGCACUGUAGCAGACUUGCAGACAGAGGCCACCAUCGAUGCUGAGACCAUAAGUGUGCUGGAGCAAUAUUCAACUAAGAUGGAGGCCACAGAAUGUGGUACCGGGUUACUCGGUCGAGGGGACUCUGACGGCAGUGUCCAUAUGCAGAUUGUCCUGCAGGGUCAAGAGAGCAGAUCUCCUCGAAUUCAGCAUGUUGGGGAAAAAGCCUUCCGCUGUGAACAUGAUGGAUGUGGAAAACUCUAUACUACUGCUCACCAUCUAAAAGUGCAUGAAAGAUCGCAUACUGGGGAUAAGCCAUACAUUUGUGAUCAUAUGGGUUGUGGCAAAAAGUUUGCAACAGGGUAUGGCCUCAAGAGUCACGUCCGAACACACACUGGAGAAAAACCAUAUCGGUGUCAUGAGCUCAACUGCCUCAAGUCAUUUAAAACCUCUGGAGACUUACAAAAACACACACGAACCCAUACAGGUGAAAAGCCUUUUAAAUGUCCAUUUGAAGGCUGUGGGAGAUCUUUCACCACAUCCAACAUUCGUAAGGUCCACAUUCGUACUCACACAGGUGAGAGGCCAUACUACUGCUCUGAGCCCAACUGUGGAAGGGCUUUUGCAAGUGCCACCAACUACAAAAACCACAUGAGAAUCCAUACAGGAGAGAAGCCUUACGUUUGCACUGUGCCUGGCUGUGACAAGCGCUUCACAGAGUACUCCAGCCUGUACAAGCACCAUGUGGUUCACACACCCUGCAAACCUUACAACUGUAACCACUGCGGAAAGACGUACAAGCAAAUCUCUACCUUGGCCAUGCAUAAACGCACAGCACACAAUGACACAGAGCCCAUAGAGGAGGAACAAGAAGCUUAUUUUGAGCCCCCCUCAGAGGCCAUUGAUGACCCUGGGUUAAUGUAUACUCAUACAGUAGUAGAGGAUGACUCUGGGUCUGAGCAGGUAUCAGUUGGAUCAGAGGUCAUGGGACAACAGCAUGUGGCUCUUAUAUCUCAGGAUGGCACACAACAGGUUCUAUCUCAAGCAGAUAUGCAGGCUAUGGGAGGCACAAUAACCAUGGUAACACAAGAGGGAACCACCAUAACCAUCCCAGCGCAUGAAGCAAUGCUUUCUUCAGGAGGGGCACAUUCUGUUACCAUGGUAUCUGCAGAUGGCACUGAGGGACAGGUGGCUAUUGUGACGCCAGACUUGUCUGCAUACCAGACAGAGGAGGGGGAGCUCGUACAGGAUCAGGAGCAGCAUGUGGUUUCCACAAGCCCACAUCCAGUCACACUGUUAGCUACCUCUAAUGGCACACACAUUGCUGUACAGCUUAGUGAUCAGCCCUCCCUAGAAGAAGCCAUCAGAAUAGCAUCAAGAAUACAGCAAGGAGACACCCCCGGAUUGGACGAUUAACUAAUGUUCUGCUUAUCACAAUAAACUUAAUAUCUCAAGAUUGUGUGCGAGUGAGUGUGUAUAUAUGCGUGUAUUGAAAACCUGUCAAACAUCAUGUUUUUUUCUAAUGCUUCAACAUGAUCGCUGUAUAUCAAGAAGUCAAGAUAUUUUUUUGGAUAUAUAUGUACAUAAUUGUUUUAAAACUAGAGUUUUUGUAUAUAUUUGAUUCUGCUAUUUUUUGCAAUCUGUCAACAAGGAAAGAUCAACAACAAUAAAAAAAAAAAAGAAAAAAAAA